AUGAUUAAACUGCUGUCAAAUGCAUGGCUGAACUCUCAAGCCCAACAACACCAAGCCUCACUGAGUCUCCGCUGCCAGGUAGAGCCACCAACCGCAGAGCCACCAACCGCAGAGCCACCAAUCAGAGAGCCACCCACCGCAGAGCCACCAACCGCAGAGCCACCAACCGCAGAGCCACUAACCACUGAGCCACCAACCGCAGAGCCACCAACCGCAGAGCCACCAAUCAGAGAGCCACCAACCGCAGAGCCACUAACCACUGAGCCACCAACCGCUGACCACCAACUGGAACCGCAGAGCCACCAACCACAGAGCCACCAACCUCUGAGCCACCAACUGGAGAGCCACCAACCGCUGAGCCACCGACCUCAGAGCCACCGACCUCAGAGCCACCAACCACUGAGCCACCAACCGCAGAGCCACCAAACCGCUGAGCCACCAACCUCUGAGCCACCAACCUCUGAGCCACCAACCGCAGAGCCACCAACCUCUGAGCCACCAACCGCUGAGCCACCAACCUCAGAGCCACCAACCUCAGAGCCACCAACCACUGAGCCACCAACCACUGAGCCACCAACCGCAGAGCCACCAAACCGCUAA